CUAACCUCACUCUCCAUGUCACCCAGGUGGGUCCGGGAGUUCCUCAACGAUGAGAACAGGGGUCUUGAUAUCCUGGUGGAGUACCUGUCCUUUGCUCAGUGUGCUGUCAUGUUGAGUUUUGAGGGUCUGGAGAUGGGGGAGGAGAUUUCCCUGGACAAGUCUAAGUCCUGGAGUAGGUCUAUAGAGGAUCUGCAUCAGGGCAGCACUCAGCCUUUCUGCAACACGCUGGUCCGCUCUGCUCGCCAGUCUGUUCUCCGCUAUGGCACAGCACCGAACAGCAAAACCAUCAAGAACUCACGACUCGUGAGCCAGAAGGACGACGUGCACGUUUGCAUCAUGUGCUUGCGAGCCAUAAUGAACUACCAGUAUGGCUUCAACCUGGUCAUGUCGCACGCACACGCAGUCAACGAAAUAGCCCUCAGUCUGAACAAUAGGAACUCGAGGACUAAAGCCCUGGUUCUGGAGCUGCUGGCUGCGGUGUGUCUGGUUAGAGGAGGCCAUGAGAUCAUACUCUCUGCCUUCGACAACUUCAAAGAGGUGUGCAAGGAGAAGCAUCGCUUUGAGAAGCUGAUGGACUAUUUCCGUGUGGAGGAUGGGAACAUUGACUUCAUGGUGGCCUGCAUGCAGUUCAUCAACAUCGUGGUUCACUCAGUAGAAGACAUGAACUUCAGGGUUCACCUGCAGUAUGAGUUCACCAAGCUGGGCCUUGACGAAUACCUGGAGAAAUCCAAGUACACAGAGAGUGACAAGCUGUCAGUACAGAUUCAGGCCUACCUGGACAAUGUGUUUGAUGUGGGCGGGCUGCUGGAGGACGCAGAGACCAAGAACGUGGCUCUGGAGAAGGUGGAGGAACUGGAGGAACACCUGUCCCAUGAACGGAGAAGCUCUGGACGUGGGAGAAUGAGGACCAUUACGAAAGUGGCUGACCUGGAAAAGCAGCUCCUACAGAAGGACAAGGAUCUCCAUGAGACGUACGAGUCGACCAACACCCAGGUCCACACCCUGAGGAGGAUGAUCAAGGAGAAGGACGCUGCCUUCCAGAGGAGCUUCAACAUCGAGAAGCGCCUGCUGGAGAUGGAACAGCAGGGGACCAUCCGCCUCCGCAAGCAGCCGGACGGGGACAUCGCCAUCGAGCCCCUGGGAGGGGGCGGUGGUGUUGGUGGUGGAGGAGGAGGGGGUGGAGGUCCGGUGGUGCCUCUCGGUGACUUUGGGCAGAACGGAGGCUUCUCAGUGGGGCCUGGAGGAGAGAGAAUGCUCCAUGCCCACACCCACCCCCUCCUAUGGCCCCGCCUCUACCAGGAACUGCUCCCAAUUUCAUCCUCAAUAUGGGCCUAUCAGGACCUGGAUGUGGAGAAGUUUGAGGAACUGUUUAAGACCAAGGCCCAGGGUCCAGUGGUGGACCUGAGUGGCCCCAAGACCAAGGUGUCUCAGAAGGCUAUCAACAAGGUCUCCCUGCUGGACGCAAACCGCUCCAAGAACCUGGCUAUCACCCUGAGGAAGGCCAACAAGAGCACUGAAGAGAUCUGCAAAGCCAUACAGACCUUCGACCUAAAGGCCCUGCCGGUGGACUUCGUGGAGUGUCUGAUGCGUUUCCUUCCAACGGAGGCGGAGGGGAAGAUGAUGCGUCAGUACGAGCGGGAGCGGCGACCGCUGGACGCGCUGACGGACGAGGAUAGAUUCAUGCUCUUCUUCUCCAAGAUCGAACGGCUCACCCAGAGGAUGAAUAUUAUUACUUUCGUAGGGAACUUCUCAGACAACGUUAACAUGCUAACCCCGCAGCUCAAUGCCAUUAUCGCAGCGUCCGCAUCCGUCAAGUCUUCACCCAAGUUAAAACGAAUGCUAGAGAUCAUCUUAGCCCUGGGAAACUACAUGAACAGCAGCAAGAGAGGAUCUGUGUAUGGCUUCAAACUACAAAGUCUUGAUCUGCUACUGGACACUAAGUCUACAGACAGGAAGAUGACUCUGCUCCACUACAUAGCUGUGGUUGUCAAGGAGAAGUAUCCUGAGCUGGCUAACUUCUUCAACGAACUGCACUUUGUGGACAAAGCUGCUGCAGUGUCUCUGGAGAAUGUGCUGCUGGACGUGCGGGAGCUGGGUAAAGGGAUGGAUCUGAUCAGGAGAGAGUCUAGUCUCCAUGACCACUCCGUUCUCAAGGGCUUCCUCCAGACCAGCGACACUCAGCUGGACAAACUGCAGAAGGAUGCCAAGACCGCUGAGGAAGCCUUCAACAAUGUGGUGAACUACUUUGGGGAGAGUUCCAAGACGACUCCUCCCUCCGUGUUCUUCCCUGUGUUUGUGCGAUUCAUCAGAGCUUACAAGGAUGCGGUGGAGGACAAUGAGCAGAGGAAAAAGCAGGAGAAAGCCAUGAGAGAGAAGUUACUGGCUCAGGAGGCCAAGCAACAUGACCCCAAGGUCCAGGUAGUGAAGAAGAGGCAGCAGCAACAGGAGCUGAUCUCUGAGCUGCGUAAACGCCAGGCCAAGGACCACCGACCCGUAUACGAGGGGAAGGACGGCACCAUUGAGGAUAUCAUCACAGUGCUGAAGAGCGUCCCCUUCACAGCCCGUACUGCUAAACGAGGCUCACGGUUCUUCUGUGAUGCACAGCUGUGUGACGACUCCAACUGCUAGUCCCUACAGUUCCUCCCCCCUAAUGCCAAGAUCUCCGCAGCCAGCCUUUUCUGCGGAACGACACGCUGAUCCGGACCGGCUGGAAGAGACCCUAAACAAACCACUCGUUCUUCCUCCC